GUGGCGCGGCGCCGUGAUGGUGGGUGGGCGGUGCGGCCCGGUCGCGGCCCCGCUCCCGGUGCCGGUCCCGGCCAUGCGGCGGCCGUAGCCAUGCACCGCGCCGAGCUGCGCGACGGGGACGCGGCGGCGGCCGCUGCGGCCUCCUACCGGGUGCUGAGCCGCCUCCUGGGCUAUGUGGCCGGGCCGGAGGCGGGCGCGGCGGGCGGCUCCGUUACCGGCGCUGCGGGCGCGGGGCCGCUGGGCCUCGGCGGCGGGCGGCUGGCGGGCGGUGCGGCGCUGCGGAGCCCCCGGCCGCCGCCGCAGCUGAUGGUGUUCCGCAACGCGGCCGAGGGGCGGCCGGGAGAGGAGGGCGGCCCCGCGGCGGGCGGCGGGGGCCCGGCGGGAGGCGGCGGGGAACUGCUCUGCCCGCGGCACCGCUGCGCCCUGGAGCCCAAGGCGGUGACCGGGUGGGGAGCCGCGCCGGCGGGCGGGCUGGAGCUGCAGCUGGCAGCGCUGGGGCUGCGGCCGCCCGGGCUGGGCACGAAGGGACCCGCGGGGUGCCCCUGCCUCGGGCCGCCGCCGGCCGGGCCCGCCGCCGAGGAGACGAGCGAUGCGCUGCUGGUGCUGGAGGCGCUGGAGCCCGACGAGGCCGGGAGCUGCUCCGAGGAGGAGCCGGGGUCCCCCGGCCGCGGAGCCGCCAGAGCUACCGGUAGAGGAGCCCCCGGCCCCGCGCCGCCGCCUGCGGCCCCCGGGGGAGCCGGCCCCGGCGGCAGGAAGGGCUCGCUCAAGAUCCGCCUCAGCCGCCUCUUCCGCACCAAGAGCUGCAGCGGCGGCUCAGCCACCGGGGACGCCGCCGCCGCCGCCAGCACCGAGGCCCGGCGCGCCGGGGAGCUGCCCGCCUCGGCCGGCAGCCUGACCGAUGUGUGCGGGGCCCGCGGCCGCGAGCAGGAGGCGGGCAGGAAACACAGACUGACAAGAACUCAAAGUGCCUUUUCCCCGGUUGUGUUCAGCCCCCUCUUCACAGGUGAAACGGUGUCGCUGGUGGACGUGGACAUCUCGCAGCGAGGACUGACCUCCCCUCACCCUCCGACUCCACCACCUCCACCACGACGAAGCCUCAGCCUGCUAGAUGAUAUCAGUGGGACGCUGCCUACAUCUGUCCUAGUGGGUCCAAUGGGCUCCUCCCUGCAGUCUUUCCCUCUGCCUCCGCCUCCUCCACCCCAUGCCCCAGAUGCCUUCCCACGGAUUGUCCCUCUGAGGCCCAUGGAGGCGAUGCCCGGCCAGCCCACCCAGCACCUCCAGUGCCCCCUGUACCGCCCUGACUCCAGCAGCUUCGCAGCCAGCUUGCGGGAGCUGGAGAAGUGUGGCUGGUACUGGGGACCGAUGAACUGGGAGGAUGCAGAGAUGAAGCUGAAGGGGAAACCAGAUGGGUCCUUUCUGGUCCGAGACAGUUCUGACCCUCGUUACAUCCUGAGCCUCAGCUUUCGGUCGCAGGGCAUCACCCAUCACACCAGGAUGGAGCACUACAGAGGGACCUUCAGCCUCUGGUGCCAUCCCAAGUUUGAAGACCGCUGCCAGUCCGUGGUGGAGUUCAUAAAGAGAGCAAUCAUGCACUCCAAAAACGGGAAGUUCCUCUACUUCCUCCGAUCCAGGGUUCCAGGUCUCCCUCCGACGCCCGUGCAGCUGCUGUAUCCAGUCUCCAGGUUCAGCAAUGUCAAAUCCCUUCAGCACCUUUGCCGCUUUCGGAUCAGGCAGUUGGUCCGAAUAGACCACAUUCCCGAGCUCCCGCUGCCCAAGCCCCUGAUCUCCUACAUCCGCAAGUUCUACUACUACGACCCGCAGGAGGAGGUGUAUCUGUCACUGAAGGAAGCUCAGCUCAUCUCCAAACAGAAGCAGGAGACCGAAUCCUCCACGUAGCGAGGCUGCCUCACUCACCUUGUUGCUGUCACUGAUGGAAUUUGAUUGUUGCCAUCCUGUAAGCCCAAGCCUGGCUGUGGUGGAAGGAGGCACGCACGGGGAGCCUGCUUCUGCGGGGCUGCUUCUGCUCUCGAGCUCUUUUGUACAGAGAAGAGGGUUCAAGACUCCUGAGAAGCGCAGUGGAAGGGGGAACAAGAGCCUCAGCUCCUGCCUGAGGGAGAGGGGAGACAGCUGAGCCCGGCUCGUGGACUCCUUGCGGAACCAAGAAUGUCCUGGCACUAUUUAUGACUUUGGGAAAGUUUUAUUUUUCAAUGUCUUUUGGGUUUGGUUUUAUUUUUCAGCAUGAGAAAUAAUUGUCUUAUGAUGAGCUGAAGUUUAUUGUCCUCCCUUGGAAACUUCAAGGGGGAGAGGAAGAGAGAUGGGGACUCUCUGGGAAGGUCAUUGCUCCAGGUGGGAUGGCAAGACUGGUCUUGAGCCCUUACUGAUGGGGAGAUGCAGGCAGAGAGCUGCUUGGAGGCAAGCCUGAGCCACGGUGACCUGCAGCUAUGUGGAAUAAGCUCUGGGAAGCAUGGAGCUCUGAACCAGCGGGCAGCUGAGCUUUGCAACUGGGAUUUGCAGGA